AUGGAGAACAGAGAAAUCAUUCAAGAAAUUCGUAAACGAGCUGAUCAAGAUCCGGCACAUUGUGACUUGUUUGUUCAUGGAUUAGAUUGGGAAACAACAUCAGAUCAACUCAAUGGGAUCUUCUCAACUUAUGGUGAUAUCAUACAAUGUAAAAUUGUUGUUGACAGAAACACAGGUAAAUCGAAAGGGUAUGGUUUCAUACUAUACAAACAUCGAAAAUCUGUUUCCAAAGUUUUGAAAGAACCUCUAAAAAAGAUCGGCAAUCGAAUGGUGACUUGUCGGUUAGCUUCAAAUCAACCACUGCAGAGGAAAAUAUUUGUAGGUAAUGUGGACUCUGAGAUUUCGAGUACGAGAUUACACUCGUUUUUUUCCCAGUACGGGGAAAUCGAAGAUGGUCCAUUGGGGUCUGAUGUGAACACUGGGAAAUUUAGAGGGUAUGCCAUGUUUAUAUAUAAAACUGUUCAAGGAGCAAGAAGGGCUGUGGAAGAACCAGUUAAGAGGUUUGAUGGAUACAUGUUGUAUUGUCAAAUGGCUACUGAUCAAAGGCAAAAAUUGAGUCAUGGAGUUUGUGGGUUCCCAUGUGUUGGUGUUAGUGCUGGUUUUAAUACUCAAAAUGGUGCUGUGCAACCUUACGUUCAGGGGAUUUUCAGUGGUGCAGCGCAACAUGUUCAACCUCUGUUUGCUUCCGGUGGUCAGAAUCCAGCUCCUAUAAUGAACCCCGCUUUCAAGAAUCCACAGUCAUGA